CUACGAUUGAGCGUUGACAACAAAGCCAUCGUCUCUGAAGUGGUCACAAAUCGCAUCAAUCUACUACACCCGCAAUCCAAUGAGUCCAUUCGUAUCUGCUCUUGGUGCUGUCAGCAAUCAUCCGCAGGUAGUCAUGUCAUUUCACAUCAGAAUGAUUUCCCCAGACUACGCGGACACCGAGAUCGUAUCAGCUCGUAUCGGAACUAUCGAUAGAGCUGCGAUGCCGGAGAUACUCGGUCCAAAGUAGAGAAUCUUAUUGUAGAAACAAGGGCGCUGGGCGCAAGGCGCAUCUGUGAGUCAAUUAGAUAUAAUGAACUAGCCUUCCAAUUCAAACUACAUUCUCUUCGCCUAUUUCGUUUUCUACGCUUGCAAUUGCCGAUCACCUCUAAGCAACACACUCAUAAUGGCCCCUCCAAGUGCGAUCGACAUCGAUGUUCGUGCAGUUGACGAUACUACUGCCAUGACCGUUCCAAACCCUCUCACGCUCGAGGGUGUCUCUCCGAGACGCGCCGCCACUGGUAGACUCAUUGCUGGCGUCGCCGCUGUGGCCAAUGUCGAGCAGUUCAAGGGAGCAAAGCAGCACAACCACAAGCCCAAGGCUAAGAGAUGGGAUCACCGCCUGAACAUCGAAGCCUCUUCACGUAAAGGCAACUCCCUCAAGGCUGCCGCCGAAUACCUCAAGAAGCCCGGCAUCAUCUCACUUGGUGGCGGUCUCCCCUCGGCCGAAUACUUCCCCUUUGACGAACUGUCCAUCAAGGUACCCGAGGUCGGCCACUUCUCCGAGCAAGAAACACGCGAACAAGGUGCUGUUCUGACGGCCGGAAAGUCGGAUCUGGCCGACGAGAAGUCACUGUUCGACAUCACUACCGCCUUCAACUAUGGCCAGGGUACAGGAUCUGCACAGCUGUUGCGCUUCCUCAUCGAGCAUACAGAGAUUGCACACAACCCUCCCUACCAGGAUUGGUACUGUAACAUGACGAUCGGCUCUACCUCCGGAUUGGAUGUCGCCUUGAGAAUGUUUGUGGAACGUGGUGAUGUCGUCUUGACCGAGGACUACACAUUCGCAACCGCUGUCGAGACCGCCGCACCAAUGGGUGUAAACAUGGUCGGCGUUGGUCUGGACGGCGAAGGUCUCCUCCCAGAGUCUCUCGAUGACAUCUUGAGCAACUGGGAUGAGGCAGCACGUGGUGCCAGAAAGCCAUUCUUGCUCUACACCGUACCCACUGGCCAGAACCCAACUGGAGCCACCCAAAGCGAGGAAAGACGCAGAGACGUGUACAAGGUGGCUCAGAAGCAUGAUCUCUACAUUCUCGAGGACGAACCCUACUAUUUCCUGCAGAUGCAGCCAUACACAGGACCCGGUUCGCCCGAUGUCCCACCUCCAAAGAGCCAUGCCGACUUCUUGAGAUCGCUAGUUCCUUCAUACUUGUCAAUGGACACUGAUGGUCGUGUUAUGCGUCUGGACUCAUUCUCAAAGGUUGUUGCACCAGGAGCGCGUGUUGGCUGGAUCACAGCGUCGCAGCAGAUUGUCGACAGAUUUGUCAAGCACGUUGACGUCAGCACACAAGGCCCCAGUGGUAUCAGCCAGCUUGUGCUGUUCAAAUUGUUGGAUGAGCACUGGGGUCAUGCCGGCUUCUUGGACUGGCUUGUUCACAUCAGAAUGGAGUACACGCAGAGAAGAGAUGUCAUGCUCUCGGCAUGUGAAAAGUAUCUGCCCAAGGAAGUCAUGAGUUGGAAGCCACCAAUGGCUGGCAUGUUCCACUGGCUCCAGAUUGAGUACGAAAAGCACCCUGACUACAAGAACAAGUCGGUUGCAGAUCUCGAGGAGCAGAUCUUCCAGACCAUCGUGGACCAUGGAGCACUGGUCAUGAAGGGCUCAUGGUUCUACGCAGACAGUCAGGCCAAGCACGAUACCAUGUUCUUUAGAACAACAUAUGCCGCUGCACCUUUCGACAAGAUCAACGAGGCGAUUAAGCGCUUGGGAGAGGCUGUGAGAGAGGAAUUCAAGCUGAAGAGCCAGUAAAUGCUUUUUGAGAUACGGGAAGGUUUAAAGAGGUUCAGCAUCUCGGAUUGGGAGAUGUGUGGCGUUCAGGGGA